UUCAUUGAAUUGACACAUAUUAGAACGCGGUUAAGUUUGAUGUUUUGUUAGUUCGAGUUAAAGCGGUGUCAGGUGCUGAUUACUCGUCCGUAUCUCACUGGGAGAAGUUUAUAAACUUCUUUUAUCCAUUCACUUUUUCAGAUAUCAAUGCAAGCUCUUUGAAUAGCUGGGGAAAAAAACGGAAUGAUGAUACCUUUCUCCUUACUCAUCCUUGUUACUUUAUUAAGUACAGGUACCUCAUUAUCAAUAAUAUCGUCAAACGGAACAGUGUUAGUAAAAGAAGAGGUUAAUCCAGGAAGGAAUAAUACCAACUUUCGAAGAUUUCCUUUUACAUGGAGACGAGCACAUUUUCCCAUUAUUCCACCUCGUCUUAGAGUAAAAUCUAUCAAUCGAGUGGUAUCGUCGACAACCAGCACAACGACAACGACGACAACAACAGAAACAAUUCCAACUGAUUCAAAUAUUCGACCAAUUGAUAUAUUUGAAAUUUCUUCAUCGGAUAACAGUCCAGCUAUUGUAUGGCCUGUGCCAAGAAGACCUGCAUCUAGAAGAUUCCGAACUCCUUCAUUCACAACUUCUGCACCUAGGGUAUUACCAAAGUUGCUUCAACCGAAACCCACUCGCCCAGCAAUAUACAGUUUGGAUGGAUUUGUACCGAAACCUUCUAUACAACGAAUAAGCACUACUGAAGCACCACUAGAAAUUCGCCGACAAUAUCUUCUUACUAACAACAACAACAACAAUAACAACAACAACCACAACAACAACAACAACAAUAAUAAUAAUAAUCUACACGAGAAACGAAAAAAGAAGCAGAAAAGUCGCCAGUCUCUUUACGAAGAUGACGAUGAUAAAGGUGAUAAAUAUGGUUUAGGUCGACGUAAAAAACCUGUUAGCAGAUAUACAGCUUUCGCCAGGAAAGGUAUACCAGGUAUAGAUUAUCCCGUCAAUGUCAGAAUACCUCAGACAAACUUUGAUUGUAGCUCACGACUUGGUCCUGGACUGUAUGCUGAUCCUGAAACAGACUGUCAGGUAUGGCACAUGUGUCCCGGUGGUAGCCUCGUACCGCGUCACAGUUUUCUCUGUCCAAACGGAACAAUUUUCAACGAAUUUAGAAGAAUUUGCGAUUGGUGGUACAAUGUGCGCUGCGAAAAGGACGACACGAGGAAACGAAGGUCUGUAGACGAAUUGGCUCCCGUCUUCCAACUUUAAAUAUUGAUCCACCGUUUAUAAACAUUAUCAUCUAUGUAAAUAUGUAUUCAUCUGGAGAACAGUGUAAAGGCUCAACUAACUAAACUUCUUAUUCCUUCAGCAAUCAUUAUUUAUGGGAUUUUGAUUAAGAUUCAGUUCGAGAUGACUGAUAUUUAAAAACAAACAAAAAUAUUUCAUUAAGAAUACGACUUAUUCUUAUGAAAUUUUCCAUUUUGUAUAUAGUCUAUCCUUUGUAAACGAAAUGUAUGUUAGAUAUAACAACAUUACAUUCAUUUAAUAAAAUUGCAUUCUGUAAAUUUUCAAAAAAACUGUAACUAAAAUAUGCGCUUCAAUAGAAGAUACAACUGAAAGAUAUACGGCAUGUAAAUUUAAGAUGUAUAUUUUUCAUAUAAAUAUAAAAACUGACUAAAAUCAAAAUUUUAAGUCAUGGAAUAAUUCAAGAAAGGGAAUUGUUAAGAAAAGACUUUUAUAAUUGCAUAAUUUGCACAAGUAUUUUUAUAAUUGUUUUAAAGUAAAGUUAUUAUUUUUAAUCUUUGAACG